GAUAGAUAAUAGACAUGCUUAUAUUUUUUUUUAUAAUAGAGUUAAGAGUUUUUAGUGAAAUUUAAACAAAAGCAAUGUGUUUGAAAUUAUAUUUUCUUGCAUACAGUUGAACUUCCUUAACUCGAGCUCUUGAAUUGGCAAUAGAAGACAAAUUUCAUAAAAAUUACCUUCCAUAGAUCGAAGUAUCUCUAACUCGGAAGUUUUUUUAUGGAUUGUGGUAAUUCGAUUUAUGGAAGUGCAACUGUAUUUCUAUAUAAUAGAAAAAAAAACUUUUUCUCGUAUAAAAAUAUAGUAAAAUACAUGUUUUUUUUGUCAUAUACAAUGUGAUUAGCUUGUUAAACCGGCGCGCGUAUCUUGUGAGUGACAAAGUGUUUUGACGUUUUUAACUUAAAUGUGUGUGUAUAUAAUAUAUUUCCUGAGCUUAUCGCUUUUAAAUAGUAAAUUUCUGUUAGCGUACGUUCCACUAACCAGCUAUAAUUUUCUGAUUUAUUGCCGUUUAAUGAUUAUUUGACGGUUAUUUAAGUAGCCUAAUCAACUGUUCCGACAUUUAUGACUUCAAACAUUUUAAAAUGAAAAUAAUAAAAAUUCUGUGGUUUUAAGAGAUUUUUAAAUAAAUUUUUGGUCGAGAACCUAUUGCUGAAUGAGUUGAAUGUGGAAUGGAUCUCUUCGAAAUUGGGCAAAACAAUUUUUGAAAACCGGAGCUAAAUUCACUUUAUUUUGAAAUAUUCAAAAUUGAGCGUUAGACUACCAAAAUAAAGUUUUCAUAAACUGCUAUCGAAAAAAUUUCACAUUUUACUAGUGAAUCGGUUCUUCCAUACUGUCUGUGCCGUCAUCUCUUUAACACUCAUUUCAAAAUAUACAUUAAUUAUGUAUAUUGAAUUAAGUGUGACAAUUAAAUAACCAGACAUUAUUAAAAUUAAUUGUUAAUUAAUAAAUAAUGAAUAUCAAAUUAAUGAGCUUCUAAACCCCACCGGAAAUGUGAAUUAAAAUAAAAGGGACACUCAGAAUGCAUUCAGACACACAUCGUGUUUGCAGUUAGCGAUCUUAUGGUUUCCAACUUUUCAUUAAAAGCAAUAUUCUCAAAAAUUAAAAUUAAUAAAAUUCAGUAAUGUCCGCAACCGAGACGCCGAUUUCUGGUGUUACCGUUUUUCACUUUCACGAUGUCACUUGGCGAUAUGUCGGACAAAAGCCGCCAACGGAAAAAUUACACCGUUAUUUGUAUUAUAUAUACUCACUACUCUUAAAUGUGAUCAUAACCAUUGGCUAUCCCACGCAUCUGAUGAUUGGACUCAUACAAAGUGAAAGCAAAUCGGAUAUGUUCAAAAAUAUGAGUAUCAGUUUCACCUGUUUGGCGUGCAGCAUCAAGACAUUUGCAUUUUGGUGGCGUUUAGCUGAGGUGCAAAAGAUUUAUGCCAUCAUCACGAAGCUCGAUAAGCACAUAGCGCACUCGGAUGAUUAUCGCUUGUACAAAACGAUUGUAUUGCGUCGCGCACAGCGUGUACUCUACUUUAUACUCUUCAUUGCACUCGGCGCGGCGUUUUCUUCGGAAGUUGCAACCAUAAUCGGUGGUUUGCUCGUUGAAUGGCGUCUCAUGUAUCCGGCCUAUUUUCCCUUCGAUGUAGAGCGUAGCGUUUGGGGUUAUGCGGUGGCGCAUAGUUACCAGUGCAUUGGUGUAACGGUACAGAUUUUUCAAAAUCUCAUCAAUGACACAUUUCCACCGCUGGCGCUGGCGAUGUUGGCCGGUCAGGUGCGUCUGUUAAAUUUGCGUGUGGCACGUGUUGGGCACGUUGCAAGCGACGCUUCGGUGCGUAGACAGCCGUCCAAUUCUGAGUUCUUGCUGUGCGUGGAGGACUACAAAGACUUGCUAGAGUUUCGCAUUGCAAUUCAACGCAUCUGUUCAAUCGGCACUUUUGUGCAAAUUCUGGUUACCGCCAUCAAUAUGGGUGUGGUCAUUGUGUAUUUAAUCUUCUAUGUCGACGGUAUAUUCGCCUAUAUCUACUAUAUAGUAUUUUUGAUUGCAAUGCCGCUGGAAAUAUUUCCACUCUGCUACUAUGGCACCAGUGUUCAAAUGGAGUUCGAGCAGUUGACUUACGCCAUCUUUUCUUGCAAUUGGGUCUUUGAGAAUGCUACAUUCAAGCAGGAUCUACGCAUCUUCACCGAACAGUCGUUGCGCAAGCAAAUUGUCAUUGCCGGUGGCAUGUUUGCCGUGAAUUUGGAUACGUUUUUUGCGACCUUGAAGGGUGCGUACUCCCUCUUCGCGGUUGUGGUGCAAAUGAAGUAGAGAGAGAGAGAGUGGAAGGCAAAGCUUGUGUGUUAGGUAGUUGUUUGCUGACGUUAGAAGUGUUUGCCAAACAUGAUUUUGAAAAUGUACAUUCUACCAUAACCAAUAAGAAAGCUUAGUUUAAAACUUCUGCUGAAAUGUUUAAACUUUGAAGUUUAGUGGACCUGAGAAAGUAUUUCU